AUGAAGGAGAUUGCACGCAGCUACUGUUGGUGGCCAGGUCUGGACGCAGCUAUCGAAGACAAGGUCAAGUCAUGUUCUGCAUGUCAAAAGAUGAGGAACAUGCCUCAGCUAGCGCCACUACCCCCAUGGGACUUCCCAGAGGAGCCUUGGCAGCGAGUCCACAUAGACUAUGCAGGCCCACUGGAGGAUCGUAUGUUCUUAGUCGUAGUUGACGCACACAGCAAAUGGCCUGAGGUCACAGCGAUGAAGAGCACCUCAGCGGAGAGAACCAUCGAAGAGCUACGGUCAAUCUUCAGUCGCUUCGGCUUGCCAACGCAACUCGUUAGUGAUAAUGGCCCCCAACUGGUGUCUGAAGAGUUCCGGUCAUUCAUGGAAGCAAAUGGAAUUCAGCACAUCAAGUCAGCGCCGUAUCACCCUGCAACGAACGGCCUCGCUGAAAGGUUUGUCCAAACGAUGAAGCAAGCUUUAAAAUCAUCACAAGGGAACGGCUCCCUCAAUAGGCAUCUAAACACCUUCCUGUCAACCUACAGAAACACUCCCCACGCUACAACCAAAGUGGCACCCGCGUCAGCCAUGAUGAAAAGACAGCUUCGCACGCGACUCGACCUCCUGAGACCUCCAAAGACGAAACAGGUUGUGAAGACACAACAGAGAGCACAGGUGGAGAGACGGAGCAGAGCAAAAGACAGAAGCUUCAUAGCUGGAGAGAGAGUUCUUGCUCGGAACUACUGCAAAGGUCCAAAGUGGAUACCAGCCACAGUGGUUGCACAAACAGGGCCUGUGUCCUACACAGUUCACACACUGGAAAACAUAAUCUGGAGGAGACAGGUGGAUCAACUGUUGCCAGGAACCAACCUCAGAGAUGACUCAUGUCAAGUGACAAACCAAGAUCAGCUACUGGAGACCUACCAUGACUACGAGCUAUCACCUGAACAUCCACUGCAGCAACCUACAAAUGUGGAAAGUGCUCCAGACUCACCUGAACCAGCCAGAGUGCCUACUCAGGACCCAAGUUGUGAAGAGCUGACAACUUUAAAGAUGAUCACACUGUGUCUGAUAUUUCCACUUCUCGUAGAGAUGGUUCAUUGGGUAGCUGGGAUUGAAUCUUUAUCCAUACGUCAGGAGAGUGGUCUCAUGUCAGCCAAAAUUGGAGACACAAUGAUUUUGCGUUGCUUCUAUGAAGGCGACAUGGCCAUGCAUUUCUCCUGGUACAAGCAACCCUUGGGAGAAAUACUUCAGCUCUUCUCAACCGUUCAUUAUAACUAUGACAGGAAUGCAACAUUCUACUAUGAGUUUAAGGAUAACUCUCGCUUCUCAGUGGAAAAUGGCCCAAAAAAGAAUCACCUAAGGAUCUCAGACAUGCAACUCUCUGAUUCCGGCACUUACUACUGUGGAAAUGCUUAUACCAAUAGGGUGGAGUUUGGAAAAGGAGUUAUUCUCAUUGUAGAAGGUUCAGGUUCCAGAAACAUGCCUAUACUCCAGCAAUCUGUGUCUGAGUCAGUCCAGCCAGGAGACUCUGUGACUCUGAACUGUACAAUACACACUGAGACCUGUGCAGGAGAACACAGUGUCUAUUGGUUCAGACGUGGCUCAGGAGAAUCCCAUCCAGGAAUAAUUUACACCCAUGGAGACAGGAGUGAUCAGUGUGAGAAGAGCCCUGAUGCUGGGUCUCCUACACAGAGCUGUGUCUACAACCUCCCCAAGAGGAACCUCAGCCUCUCUGAUGCUGGGAUUUACUACUGUGCUGUGGCCUUAUGUGGGGAGAUACUGUUUGGGAAUGGGACCAAGCUGGACAUUCAAGUUCCAGAGCAUGAUUCUCCAUUUGAUCUAAGUCCUACUGUUCUUGCCUUGGUCGUGUCCAACAUCGUUCUAGGGAUAGUGACCCUUCUGCUUGCCUGGGCGCUUUACACGAAUCUGAACAGACAUCACAGAGGGAGGAAAGAUGGUCCAACAUCCCAGGGGAAUCAGAAUCAAGACAGUGACGUGUUGAACUACGCUGCUGUGAGUUUCACUCCCAAGAAGAACUCUUCCUCCUCCAGAAGAACAAGAGGGAAGACCAGCAGAGAGGAUGCAGUGUACUCUGAGGUCAGGUACCUUCAGCAGGAGUGA